AAAUUGACCGUCACGCGGCAGGUUCUUUUUUGCGUGUUGGUGGGAAAUAUUACAGCUCUGAGCUGGGAAUACCAAUUCAGCUUUCAAUCGAUUUUCCGACGAAAUUGAGAGGGAAAAGAAAAUGUACAAAUCGAAGCUGCAGGAGCUGUGCCAGCAGAGGGCAUGGAAUUUGCCAGUGUACAACACUUCAAAGCAAGGUCUGGAUCAUAACCCUUGCUUCUCGGCCACGGUCACUGUGAAUGGCCAAGCUUUUCAAACUCUCGAUGUCUCCAAAUCUUCCAAGGAAGCUCAGAACGAUGCUGCUAAGAUAGCAUUCGAUCAUUUCUCUCUCCCAAACCCUAGCCCCCCCAUUGUCAGCUCUGUUCCUAACCCCCCCAAACCUUCCAUUCCCAAACCUUCCUCUUUUCCUCAACCUUCACUCCCUUCAACUUCAGGUUCUUCUAAUGCAAUCACUGAAUUGGAUAGUAUACAUGCCACCGGACAGACAUUGCAGCCAGAUGCUCAAGGAACACUUCAAACUCCUCAGAAGAAUGGCAGCUCAUUGGUUGCCAAUCUGCAAGUGGAUGAAAGCAGAACUGGUGUCCAAGGAGAUAAUAGAAUAGAAGCAGAAGUGACAGCUCAUUCUUCCAAUGUGCAACAUUUGUAUAAGAGCCAACUGCAGAAUUAUGCUCAAAAGAGAAAUCUUGCCUUACCAGAGUACGCCUCUGAGAGAGAAGGACCUCCUCAUAAUACCCGCUUCAAGUGUAGGGUAACAAUUGAUGGACAGACUUUUGAGAGUCCAACUUUUUUUUCCACAUUAAAGGAAGCUGAAAAUGCAGCUGCAAAAUUUGCUUUGACCUCAUUGUCUCCCAACGAAGUUCAACAGCAUGACUCUGGUUUCUACAAGAACCUUUUGCAAGAACUGGUUCAAAAAGAAGGUAUCCCUUUACCAAUAUACAGCACAAGCAGAAGAGGUGAAGCUCAUGAACCAAUUUUUGUAUCAAGUUUGGAAAUAGAAGGGCAAAUUUUUACUGGAGAAGAAGCAAAAACUAAGAAGAAUGCUGAAAUUAAUGCAGCAAAAGUUGCCUACAAUGCUUUGAAAGAACGAAAGACUAUUGAAAUUCCGAUUCUGUGCUCUACUCAUCAAGGACAGGAAACUUCUUUGCCUGUAACAUAUUGCUUGCAAUCAAAUCCCUCUGAUGUGCAACAAAAUGAUACACCACAAGUACCAAUAAUUUCAAGUUCAGGUAAAGUUACCAUGGAGCAAGCUGAUGAUGACAAGGGUAAAGGAAGUUCAUCAUUAUCUGAUAUUGUCUAUGGAAACGCGACAUCCCCUUCCAUUCCUUAUGAGUUCCAAAAUGGGUCAUCUUCACAUUUAGCUUCUAGCAGUGCUCAAUUAACUGUGGAUUCAAGUCCCGAGCUGUCAGCUGGAAGGAGUAUCUUAUCUUAUAAAAGGGUUACUGUUUAUCCACAUGGGCAGAAUAUGAUGAUUCCUGAGGGUAGCACAUUGUUGCCUAUGAGCGAUGACAACUGGGUUGCUUUCUCUCACCCAAAGCAAGAAGUAUUCCAGUAUCCCGUAGGAGCCCACAAUGUGUUCAAAGUGAAUGCAACCAGCUUCCAAAACUGCAUUGUUCCGCCGCCAGAUCAGGCACUGAUGACCGGAAAUGAUACAAUUGUUUUGGCUAGCCCUGGCAAGAAAUGGUACAUUUGUGGAGUAGGCAAGCAUUGUGAGACUGGUGGCCAGAAGCUUGCUAUAACAGUGCAAUCUGGUGCAGGUGCUCCACAAGUCGCACCUGGUCCUUCUCCCGAAGGGUCUUACUAAUCAAGACUUGAAAACAGUUACUAUAUAUGCUCAUGUUUUAAUUAUAUUUCUAGAUUGAGAUAUAUGAAUAAUAUAGGAGUAUUACUCUUUUGUAUUUAUUAAUCAAUUAGAAUAAGCAAUCUAGUAAGCAAUUGGAUUAUGUAAGACAUAAUAUAUUGAUGCCAUUUCGUGAGUGGAUAUUCAUCAUGUAAUCUACUUAGUAAAGAAUAAAACGGAUGAUUUAUUUUA